AGGAGGGGCAGAAUCUUUGUGAAGCAGCCUUUAGACUUGUUCUAACUCGUCCGGCUUGUCAAUUAACCUGAGCCUAGGGCCUGGGCAUUGCUGUCACUGUUACUGUUACUGCAUUCUGAACCACAGAUAAAACAGCCCUGAGGUCAGUGCUCAAGAUGGCUCCUAAGAGGAAAGCCGCUGCCACUGCCAAUACUCGAGGUACAGGAAGAAACAAGAAAUCCAAGGUAAAAGAAGAGAUCAAGGAGGAAGUUACAGAAGAGGCAAUCCAGGCCCCAGACCGCUUCCAGAGUACCAUACAAGCACUGAAAUCAUCAUCUGGCAAGAAAGGAAAGGCCAAGGUGGACGCUGCUUGCCCUCUGAACCGGAGUAGUAAUUGUGAGGUAUAUGAAGAUUUUGACUGCAUGCUAAACCAGACUAAUAUUGGAAAUAACAACAACAAGUUUUACAUUAUCCAACUAGUAACGUCUUCUGGUUCAUAUUAUGGCUGGAAUCGAUGGGGUCGAGUGGGGGAGAUUGGUCAGUCUAAGCUGACUCCAUUUUCAAAUCUGGAGAGUGCUCAGAAAGAUUUUGAGAAGAAAUUUAAGGAUAAAACGAAGAAUUCAUGGUCAGAGAGAGAGAAUUUUACCCCACAUUCUGGAAAGUACACGAUGAUCGAGGUGGAACAUGAUGAUGAAGAUGCUGAUGACAAAGGAGCAGGGGAAGCAGCUGUCAAGGUGGACACAGUGGAUGGGGUGGUUAAGAAGGUGAAACCCUGCUCCCUGGAUAAACCAACCCAGGAGUUGAUGUCUCUGAUAUUCAGCUCUGACAUGUUCAAGGAAGCCAUGCAGACAAUGAAUCUGGACAUUAAGAAGAUGCCCUUAGGGAAACUGAGUAAGGCGCAGAUCGCCAAGGGAUUUGAUGCUUUGGAAGACCUCCAGGCAGCAUUGGAUAGCAAAGCAAAAAAAGAAAAACUGAGUGAGCUGACCUCUCGUUUUUAUACCAUCAUACCACAUAACUUUGGACGCAUGAUUCCCCCGGUCAUUGACAGCCAGGAGGUCCUGCAGGCAAAGAAGGACAUGCUACUGGUCCUUGCAGACAUUGAGUUGGCUCAGAAUUUGCAGGCCGAUAAACUGAAGAAGGAAAAAGAAGAAAAGAUUGAAGAAGUCCCUCAUCCCUUGGAUGUGGACUAUCAGCUCUUGAAAUGUGAGCUCGACCUUGUGGAUCCCUCUUCAGUGGAGUAUCAGAUCAUUCAAACGUAUAUAAACCGAACAGGUUCAACGUAUCGGCAGCUGAAGAUCUUGAAUGUAUGGCGUGUGGACAGAGAGAGCGAGGAAGACAGGAUCGGCGAGCAUAAAAAUAUUAGUAACCGGCGCCUGCUGUGGCAUGGCACAAAUGUGGCAGUGGUAGCCGCUAUAUUAAAAAGUGGCCUGCGUAUAAUGCCACAUUCUGGAGGACGAGUAGGGAGAGGGAUUUACUUUGCCUCCGAGAACAGUAAAUCUGCAGGUUAUGUUGGAUGCACGUCUAAUAGACUUGGAAUCAUGUUUUUGAAUGAAGUGGCCCUGGGAAAGGAGCAUCAUAUCACACGUGAUGACAGUUCUUUGCGUGCUGCACCAACUGGCUAUGACAGCGUUGUGGCACGUGGCUAUACAGAACCAGAUCCUUCCAAGGAUCAUGAACUGGUUCUGGAUGGCCGCAAGAUUAUUGUGCCGCAAGGUGCACCAAUACAUAUCAGCAAGUAUGGGAAUAGCAGUUUCUCUCAGAGCGAGUACUUAGUGUACAAGGAAAGCCAAGCUCGCAUUCGUUACCUUCUAUUGCUUCAGUUUUGAACAUCCUACUCUGGACCCUCAUUACCACUUUGUACUCCUAAAUUUUGUAGGAGUAGAUUGACUUGGAUUCUCAUUAGGAACUAUUACAUGUACAGCAUAGCUCUCUGUAUGUUAUGUUGCUGUGAAGUAUAUGCACAUAUACAGAAUCUAUGGGCAUCCAGUAUGCAUGUGUCACAGACUGCUUGCACCUAAAUUUCAGUAUCUAUUGAUUUAUAUAUAUAUUAUUUCUGAUAAAUAUAUAUUUCUGAUAUAUACAUGUAAUGUAUAGCUAGACACAACAGAACUCCAUUUUUUUUAUACACCCGUGCUUAUAAAUAUGUAUAGAGAGUUUAAAUAAAUUUGUUCUAAUAACAACUUUAA